CGGAUAGCACAUGCGUUCUCAACCGGCGACUUCAGCUGCCCUGUCCCUGCGGCCAAUCAGAGCCCGCGGCGCGAUCCAGACGUGUAAACGUGCUGUGGAACGUGUGCGUGCGAGGGGGGCGACGUCAGGGCGCUCCGCGAGCCCGUCUCUCCUCGAAUGAAAGGAAACAACCUCCAGCGACAGAGCCCCGCUCUCAGGCGCUGCUGGAGAACCAAGACCGACUUCUUUCUCUUUCCCCUCAUUGGCGCUUCCCUCCCGCCCUCCGCCUCUAAGCCCCGCCGGCUUAAAGUGGCCUUCUAAAGGCAAUUUAAAAAUCAUGUCAAGCUCAGUUGAACAGAAAAAAGGGCCUACAAGACAACGAAAAUGUGGCUUUUGUAAGUCAAAUAGAGACAAGGAGUGUGGACAAUUAUUGAUAUCUGAAAACCAGAAGGUGGCAGCACAUCAUAAGUGCAUGCUGUUUUCAUCUGCUUUGGUAUCCUCACACUCUGAUCAUGAAAGUCUUGGUGGAUUUUCUAUUGAAGAUGUCCAAAAGGAAAUUAAAAGAGGCACAAAGCUGAUGUGUUCUUUGUGCCAUUGUCCUGGAGCAACAAUUGGCUGUGAUGUGAAAACAUGCCACAGGACAUACCACUACCACUGUGCAUUGCACGAUAAAGCUCAAAUCCGAGAGAAACCUUCGCAAGGAAUUUAUAUGGUUUAUUGCCGAAAGCAUAAGAAAACUGCACAUAACUCCGAAGCAGCUGAUUUAGAAGAAAGUUUUAAUGAGCAUGAACUGGAGCCCUCAUCACCUAAAAAUAAAAAGAAAAGUCGCAAAGGAAGGCCACGAAAAACCAACUUCAAAGGGCUAUCAGAAGAUACCAGAUCCACAUCCUCUCAUGGAACAGAUGAAAUGGAAAGUAGCUCUUAUAGAGAUAGAUCUCCACAUAGAGGCAGCCCCAGUGACACAAGGCCUAAAUGUGGAUUCUGUCACGUAGGGGAGGAAGAAAAUGAAGCAAGAGGAAAAUUGCAUAUAUUUAAUGCCAAGAAGGCAGCUGCACAUUAUAAGUGUAUGUUGUUUUCUUCUGGAACAGUUCAGCUCACAACAACAUCAAGAGCAGAAUUUGGAGAUUUUGAUAUCAAAACUGUGCUGCAGGAAAUUAAGCGAGGAAAAAGAAUGAAGUGUACACUGUGCAGUCAGCCCGGUGCUACUAUCGGAUGUGAAAUAAAAGCCUGUGUGAAGACUUACCAUUACCACUGUGGAGUGCAAGACAAAGCUAAAUACAUUGAAAAUAUGUCACGAGGCAUAUACAAACUGUAUUGUAAAAAUCAUAGUGGAAAUGAUGAGAGAGAUGAAGAAGAUGAGGAACGAGAGAGUAAAAGCCGGGGAAAAAUAGAAAAUGAUCAACAACUAACUCUGCAGCAACUUAAUGGAAACUAGGUUCAUGGGACAGAGUUAGAAAACUGGGAAUGGAUAAGACAUCCAUAACUACUAUUCUUUUUCACUGUUUUCUAAAAUCAAAAAAGGGUUUGUAAUUUUUACUGCCCAACUCCUGAUCCUUCAUUAAACUGCCUAAAAAGUCUUGUUCAUUUUAUGAGCCUCGCUCGACGGCUGAGUUUGACAUGUUGAUAUUAUAUAGCUGUAGCUUUCAGUUUCUGGGUCACAGUUGAAACACUAUUAACCCUGUGUAUAGUGUCAACAGUUAAAGCAGGCAUUGAAAUGAAGUAAGCUGUAUUUCUGGACUGAGCAAAGUUCUGCUGUUUAGAGUGUUUAAAUGUGUUCAGUGCAUCGAUGCUCAAGGGAAGGCAUAAGCAAACGUUACUUUACAAUGCAAACAUGCCGCUGCAGGCCACUCUGGUUCAUUUAUGAAUUUUAUUUUCUCCACACCUAAGUGAUGGAGGCUAAAACUGAAGAGAACUUUAGUUUUCACUUGGCUCUGCCAGCAGAUACUAAAAAUCUCAUCUAAGAGAUGUGCUGAAACUUUUCACUGGUUUCCUGUUAAAGUUGUUCUUACUGAUCAGCUCGGACUGGUACAACUGCUGAUUAUAAGCUGUUAGCUCCAAUGCUUAUGCCAAAAUUCUCUUGACCAUACACCUCUUUUUUUUCCAUGUCGUGCAGAGAGCUUCUGGCAGAAUGAUUGAAUCCUUUCAAGUUCAAAGUAAUGUUUGGCAACAGCAAAUUAAACUUCUUUAAGAUUUUAAAAGUUACCACUCUCUAAGGACUCGAGACAACCAUGUCUGAAACCCGUUCCUCUCAAGUGCCCUGUUUGUACGGAAUAAAUACUCCACAUAUUGGCCCAAAAAGUGUAAGGUCUCUUGUGCUAUAGGAGUGAAAAGCAGUCUUUGCAUAGAACAGUAUUUAUUUUUUAACUUUGUGACCACUAUUUUAGAAACCUUAUUUAAUAUUUGUAAUGUCUGCGGUCAUUGCUUUGGUUAUAAUUAAAUAGGCUUUGGUGCCCUGCUUCAUUCGUGGUGGGGCUUGGUAUUGAUUUGUUGCUCACCAGAACUGUUUAUGAAAGCCUAAGAAGCCAGCUUUUUAGAAAGGACUUUCACACCGGUAUUUUGAGCUUGUGAUAUUUUCUUCCACUUAUGUGCUAAAGCACAUUUAUGUAUUUCUUUAUGGCAAAACCAAAAAAAAAAAAAAACUUCAUUUGUGGUCUGCUUGAUAGUACCAUAACACCUCAAUACCAAGGGUUUCUGAUUUAUGAAUUGCUAGUUACCCUGCCACCAUAAAGCAGAACUGCAAAUAAGAAAUCAUGUUGACUAUACUGUACAUUGAAAUAUUCUACCAUAGGUAGAAAGCAUUUUUAAAAUGUAACAGAUGGAAAAUUACACUGUGCUUAAUCACUGAUUUUUUUUAAACUGCUAGUCCCUUAAAAUCAUAUUUGUCAAGUGUGUAUUCACACAUUUACUUAAACAAGGGACUCAAUGCUUGCGUUAUUUUAACAUCUGAUGUUAUUUUUAGAAAGAAACUAGGUUUAUAGUAGGUUGCCCUGUAUGUUUUAUCAUUUUGCUCUUAAUAUGCCAUCAUAUGUAUGUGAUUCAUUUUCAAAAUGCAUCAUGACUUGAAGUGCAAGGACAGAUCUAGAUGUUUGUUUACCAAGCAAUGUGACUUUUCCCAAAGGAUCUGUACUUUAUUUCCUUACAACAGCUUGAAAACCAUUGUGUUUUUUUAAAAAAAAAAAAAGAAAUCUUUCGAUCACUGUGUCUACAUCGUUUGUAUAUUAUGUGCCAUAGAAUUUACCCAUGGAGAAACAGAGCUCCUUCAUUUUGGGACAACUACUGUAAUGACUUUUUUUUUUUUUUUAGGAAAAAUGGAAGGUGCCAGGGGUAAUCAUGGCCAGUCAAUAAUUAUGUAAAGGAUUUCAAAUACUAUAAGCUGUCAGUUGAUGGGUUUGUUAUGUAGUGAAGUGUAUGACUUUGUGUGGGUUUCUUCAGCCCUCUCUCUGCCACUAGCAACCAGAAUAGCACUUUACCUUUUGGUUGGCUAGACAAGUGGCUGACUACCUGUUUUUUCUCACUGUGGUGUGAUUGGCUAAACCAUCUUUCAUUACAAAAUUGAAAUGUAAAUUGAAGUCACAUAAAAAAUCUUUGGUUGUAAAUCUCCAAUAUAUUGAUUCUGUAUACAUGUUUUUGUCACAUGCUGAGUAAAAGUGCCUUACAAUGUAAAAAU